CACAGACGUUGUCCUUGGCGCCUGAAGUUGCCAACAGAGGGCACACACCUCUGGUCACAUGACCGCCGGGCUGCAGGGGCAGGGCUGUUUAAAAGGAGACCUUUCGGACGGAGGGAGAGCAGACACUGAGCCGAGCGCAGCCACAGCAAGAGCAAAGAGAGCUACGAGACAAACUGCUGUCAACUGUCACCAUGAAGUCCGCAUUCGCCACCAUAACUCUCCUGGUCCUGGCUCUCGGCUGGACCUCUGAGGCCGUGCAAGUCGAAGAAAAUGGACUGUCUUUCUCGCUGGAGGCCGUCAAGAGGCUGCAGGAGCUGACAAAGAGCUGGGCUCUGACAGGACAACAAAACCCCCGAUUCAGGGCUAGCACCGUGUCCCUCUGUGCCGACCCCAUGCUCCCGCAGGAGUUCCUGCCGCUCUGUAGGCAGAGAGGAGCGUCCGCAUCUCUCACCAGACUAGCUUAUGUUCCGAUGGACGUCUGUGAGAUCUGCGCCUUUGCUGCCUGCACUGGCUGCUAAACAAACCCUGCAAGCCAGAAGCAUCUUGCCGAGCUUAAGACUUGUGAUUUUUAUUCUCCUCCUCAGAACUAUUUUGGGGAAUUUCUCAAAAUUUUUCCCUGCAAUGAUGAGACAAUGACUUUAUGUUCUGACUCUGGCCCACUGGGCACUUUAUACAUUUUUGAGGUGGUGUUUUGAUAUGUUUUUUUU